UAUUUACAAAUUUGUAUUAUUUUACUCGUAAUAACUGGUUUUACCGCAGUUUAAAAAAUAAUCAAAGUGCUUUUAAUCAGAAAUUACUUGAUCCAAAAAAUUACGUCAAAUUAUUCGUAAAGGAGUAACUUUUAAUUUUUAUUUUUAAUAUUCGUCAUAAAACUCUCUGUACGUCAUUUUAAAAGUGACGCGAACCAAAAAGUAAUAAAAUGAACCGAUUGAUAACAUUCAGUGAUUAAUGAGCGCUACCGAGGAAUUCACAGAAAUGUUUCAAUCAAUAAAAGUUUUUAAUGUCUGCCGAGAUUUCACGAGUCAUAAACAAGGAAUCUGUCUACGGGCGAGUCAUUAAAUGUGUUGACACAGAGAAUUAGCACCAAGUUGUUUUAAUUUAAAUAAAUGUGAGAUUUUUGAAUUGCUCAUCAGUCAGUUAGUGGACCUUGUUAAGACAAGUUCAAGUUUAAAAAACCGGAAAUAAAUAAAAAUAUUUGUAAAAAAAAGUGAAAAAUAAUGGAAAAUUUAAAGAAAUUCAUUUCCACACUCGCCAUUACUUUCGUAAUCUUAAUCGCCUUCAACGUAAUUGGAUCAUCGACAAAUGCUGCUGCCGUCAUGCAAAAACCAUUACCUCCAUUAGAACAUAAUCAAUUCCAUCAAUUGUCGUCUUUGGAGACCAAUUCCAAUUUUCGUCUGAAACGUGCUUUGGUUUUCCGCCCCCUCUUCGUGUACAAAGAGCAAGAAGUUCGUCGGCAAAAAUUAAAGGAGGAGCGGGCACAAAGGCGUCAACAACAAGCAGCAGCUAUGCAACCGCAACAACAACCACAUUACGGAUAAAAAUUCACACGAAGGCAAAAAAAAAAAAUUACUGAUGCAGCAAAAAUUAACAACGGGCUCUCUUUUAAUUAAGUUAUAAUUGAACGUGCAAUUUAUGGUCCAUAUAUUUAUUUUAUUUUAUUUU